CACUCUGGAAAGGAGCUUGUUGCUUUCUUGGUUCUUGUCGGUGUAUUGGUAAAAUAUUGUUCUCAAAACUAUUUAUGCAAAUAAAUUGUCUCUUUCUUUCUUGCAUAAGCAAAGCUAGUUGCUAAAGAAAGUGGGGGAAAUGCUCUUCAAGGAUGGAUAAAUUUAACUAAAUUGUCCCUAUUGAUAAUUAAACUUUUAAUUGUCAUCAUCACCGGAUAAAUUUUAACUACCAUUUGCUUUCUGCAAAACUAGGUAUUCUUGGGUAGUUUUAAACUCGCCAUGGGAGGGAUACCGUUUGUUAUAAUGUCAGAGAUAUUUUCAAUUAACAUAAAGGUGUCAGCUGGAAGCCUUGUUACCUUAGUGAGCUGGUUUGGUUCUUGGGUAACUGCCUACACCUUUACCUUUCUAUUUGACUGGAGCUCAGCAGGGACAUUUUUCAUAUUUGCUGGCAUCUGUGCUGCUGGAACUUUUUUCAUUGCAAAGCUUGUACCAGAGACUAAAGGACGCGCACUAGAAGAAAUACAAAAUUCCAUGACUAGCCAGGAGUAUUUAAAUUAAAUUUGAUUUAAUAAUUUUUUUAUUUUAGAGAUAUUUCCCAAAACAUUAGGAUCCCUGUGAGAACCGCAGGAUGAGAAAAUUUCUUUUGUAAAAUUUCACAAACAGAAAAUUUUUCGUAUCUGCAUUAUGUGAGUAGGAAUAUUCUGCUCUCUGCAUUAUGUGAGUACGAAUAUUCUUC